UUUUUUUUUUUUUUUCCGCGAAAGAAGUUUGCUUUGGCCACGCCUCAAGGCGGCCGCCUCCUCCUGCCCCCUCCCCCGCCCCUCCGUGCACACCUCUUGGUGCAGAUUGCAGAGCGCCUUCCGUUGAGAGAGCUGCAGAAUUUGCAAGAGCCAGGCUCGCCCACCUUGUAGAAGGAGCUUCUCGAGUCCCCUUAAAUCCUCGGUUGCGAAGAGCUGACCGCCUGGUUUGAUCACCCCGCGUCGCCCAGACUGCAUGGUCUCCGGGGACCCUCUAGAGUUGCACGUUUCGGCACCGAGGACUGCAAAUCCCCGUCGCUCCUAGGAUUUACUCUGUUCUGGAUACUGGAAUCUUGCAAGCUACGCUCGCCCGCCCCUGGGCAGACACUGGCUGGCCCAAACCACAGGAGUGUACCGCCGUCUGGCAGGCCAACUCUUCGCCUCUCCAUGAGCUCGUGAGCCUGCGGGCAGGUGCCCGGCGAUGUCGCGGCCUGUGAGCGACAGGACCCCGGUCCCCCUGCUGCUGGGCGGCCCGGCCGGGGCCCCCCCUGGCGGGGGAGCGCUGCUUGGGCUGCGGAGCCUUCUGCAGGGGACCAGCAAGCCCAAAGAACCAGCCAGCUGCCUGACCUCUCGGGACACACCCAGCCCUGUGGACCCAGAUACUGUGGAGGUGCUGAUGACCUUUGAACCUGACCCUGCUGAUUUAGCCCUGUCAAGCAUUCCCGGCCAUGAAACCUUUGACCCUCGGAGACAUCGCUUCUCAGAGGAGGAACUGAAGCCUCAGCCCAUCAUGAAGAAGGCGAGGAAGAUCCAGGUGCCAGAGGAGCAGAAGGACGAGAAGUAUUGGAGCCGACGGUACAAGAAUAACGAGGCAGCGAAGCGGUCCCGCGACGCCCGGCGUCUCAAAGAGAACCAGAUAUCCGUGCGGGCGGCCUUCCUGGAGAAGGAGAACGCCCUUCUGCGGCAGGAGGUGGUGGCCGUGCGCCAGGAGCUGUCCCACUACCGCGCCGUGCUGUCCCGCUACCAGGCCCAGCACGGAGCCCUGUGAGGCUGCCCCACCCCCACACCCGGCGGGGUUCGCCUCUGCCUCGCUCAGACUUGCGCCCUGACGCCCUCUUCCCUCCCCGCCCUGUGGCCCACGGGCCGGCCAGCUGGGUACCCCAGGGACGUGAUGAUGCAGAUAAAUACAUUUAUAUUUUUAAGAAAAAGCGAGCCUUCCCCCUCCCUCGAGGGAGCGGGGAGGGGGCUCUGUGUGUGCCCCCGGCACGUCGGGGACCCCACCUUCCCACCGCCUCCGUCAACACGAUCCUGAAUAAAUCUUAAUAACCCCAGAGCCAGCUGUCGUGGGGGAGGAGGCAGCUCCCUGGC